AUGGCUUCCUGGCAAAGGGGUGCCGCCAAACUGCUUGGUAUCAAGCUUGAUUCCGACAUCAAUGAGGGCGCCGUCACUCGAGGAGAGUCUAUUCAGUCAACCGACACCUAUGUCGAAGAGGAGCCAACCAUCGGGGAGUGGGUUAGAGACCAUAUCCCACACAAGUCCGAGGUAGUCGAGUUUGUGACUUCGCUUUUCCCUUUCCUACAAUGGAUCGGAAACUACAAUCUUCUCUGGCUUACCGGUGAUCUUAUUGCUGGUAUCACUGUUGGUUUCGUUGUUGUUCCACAAGGAAUGGCAUAUGCCAUCCUUGCUCAGCUUCCUGCCGAAUAUGGUCUUUACUCGUCUUUCGUGGGUGUCAUGCUCUACUGGUUCUUCGCCACCUCCAAAGAUAUCACUAUCGGACCCGUCGCUGUCAUGUCUACUUUGGUCGGUAAUAUCGUUCUUAAAGCCGAGGAAACCCACCCAGAAUUCACUAGACCACAAGUUGCGAGUGCUUUAGCUCUUAUUUGUGGUUCUAUCGUGUUUGCCAUUGGUAUCUUGAGGUUGGGAUUCGUCGUCGACUAUAUCCCACUUCCAGCUAUUGCUGCUUUCAUGACAGGUUCCGCUCUUAAUAUUGCUAUGGGCCAGAUUCCUGGUCUCUUUGGUAUCCCAAGUAGCAUUGUCAACAAUCGUGCCGAGACUUAUAAAGUUUUUAUCAACUUCUGGAAGCAUAUCGGCUCUGCGAAGCUCGAUGCUGCCAUGGGCCUUAGCGCUCUCGCUAUGCUCUAUAUCAUCCGUAUCGUUGCAAACCGCAUGGCCAAGAGAUUCCCAAAUUACAAGCGAACUUGGUUCUUCAUCUCGACAUUAAGAACCGCCUUUGUUAUUCUUCUAUACACCAUGAUCUCGUGGCUUGUCAACCGACACAGACGCUCGAAGCCAGCCUUUAGAAUCUUGCAAAAUGUCCCCAAGGGUUUCCAGCAUAUGGGUGUCCCACUUAUCAACGGCGGUAUCGUCAGCUCCUUCGUUGGAGAGCUUCCAGCAGCUGUCAUUGUUUUGCUCAUUGAACAUAUUGCUAUUUCCAAGUCCUUCGGUCGCGUCAAUGGUUACCAGAUCAACCCAUCCCAAGAAUUGAUUGCCAUUGGUAUCACCAAUAUCUUUGGACCAUUCUUCGGUGCCUACCCCGCCACUGGAUCUUUCUCCAGAACAGCUAUCAAGGCCAAAGCCGGCGUCAGAACUCCAAUUGCUGGUGUUAUCACUGGUAUCAUCGUCCUUCUCGCCAUCUAUCUCCUCACCGCCGUCUUCUACUAUAUUCCAAAUGCCUCCCUUGCCGGUGUUAUUAUCCACGCUGUCGGUGAUCUUAUCACUCCUCCUAAUGUCGUCUACCGAUUCUGGCGCGUUUCCCCCGUUGAGGUCGUUAUCUUCUUCGCCGGUGUCUUCGUAGCUGUCUUUAGUUCCAUUGAAAAUGGUAUCUAUACCACCAUCUCUGCAUCCGCCGCUCUUCUCCUCUUCCGUCUCGCCAAGGCUAGGGGCCACUUCCUCGGCCGUGUCCGUGUCCAAAUCGUUCCACCAGAAAAUAUCUCAACUGAGACUGUCGGACUCGGCGGCGGCUACGGUGCUACUGGCAAGUCUAAGACCGAUCCAGAAAUAAAGGGUAUCAAGGGUGGCGAAGCUACCAGCGAACUUCCCGAGGCUCACCACCAUGAUGUCUUCCUUCCAAUCGACCACAAGGAUGGUUCCAAUCCCGCUAUCAACAUCGAUUCACCAUUCCCAGGUGUUUUUGUUUUCCGCUUCUCUGAGGGUUUGAUCUACCCUAACGCCGCGCACUACAGCGAUCAACUCCUCGACUAUGUUCAACUUAAAUGCCGCCGCACUUCCCUUGAUUCUUUCGCCCGUCUUGGUGACCGCCCAUGGAACGACCGUGGCCCUAGGCACUUGACCAUGGAGGACGAUAACCGCCCAACACUUAAAGCCAUUAUCCUUGAUUUCUCCGCAGUAAAUAAUGUUGACAUCACCGCCGUUCAGACCCUCAUUGAUACCCGCAACACUCUCGAUAAGUACGCCGCACCCAACCAUGUCGACUGGCACUUCGCAGCCGUUAACAACCGAUGGACGAAACGUGCUUUGACAUCUGCUGGCUUCGGUUACCGAUCUGAAGAGGUUGAAUCCAACUCUGAGUCUGGAAAGGGACCCUGGAAACCACUCUACUCCGUUGCCGAAGUCAGCGCCCGCGUUGCUGGUAUUGAUGGUGCUAGCGACGACGGUGCCAGCGGUAGCAGCAUUAAGAAGACAGAUCUCGAGGCAGCACCUACCCAUACCAUUCAGAUCUCGAAGAGAAGGGUUUUGGUACACUCCAUUGCGAGACCGUUGUUCCAUAUUGAUGUUAAUGCAGCUUUGUUAGCUGCCCAGGAGAAUCUUUGA